AUGGACCAGAGCACUUCGUUCUCAUCUGCCGCCACUAACGCCUCCGGACAUGCCGUUUCCGUUCUGAUUUUGGUGGAGGAUUCGCAGACAAUGCUGGCCAAGUGGGACGACGUCCGACACAGAUACCUGCCCGCCCUCCUCCACGGCCUCCGUGCAGACAACAAGACAAGUCCGCAAUUUCGAAUAUGGUGGUUCACAAGCUCGCCAACGUUUACGCCCUUAACAACCACCGUCACUACCUUAGCCGACUAUAAUAAUCUCCCUAAUCUCAACCUCGGCCGCCAGACAGACACAUUGAUCUCGACGGGCACCAUCCGACGCUGCGUCAACGUUUACCUGGCCAGUGGCAAGCAGCGUCGCACUAAUCAACACCUCAUUAUUAUUGCGGCGUCGCCUUUGCUGACAGGAUCCGAAGGACCUGGCCCCGUCCAGGCUGGUAUUGAUCCCUGGGUCGGCACUGCCUUGGCGCUCUGUCAGGAGGAAAUACACCUCCACUUAAUCGUCGGUCCCGCCAAUGAAUCGAGGUCUUUCCGUGAAAUGUUCUCUCGCACGCGUUUUGCACAGACCUUGUCCGAGAUCCCGCCAUGGUUCGAGAUCGAUGCGACACGGUUCUCCAUCCUCAUAUCGGGUCGUGCACUACAGCAAUCACAGCAAGGAGGUUUCAGGAGCUCGUGGCAGCCACUAUCGCCGCCAUCCGGCUCUUCUGGGCCAGUCCCACUAUCUGACUCCACCGCCGCCGCUCUCCGUAGCCUGGAGGCCAUGGCACCUCGCCUCUCCGAAUUUCACACUCUCGAAGGUCCUUUGGCUAGUGCUCGCUCGCCCACCGGGCGCGAUACCGGACGCGGCACACAGCUCAUGCGGGCGCUCGCCCACCGCGAUGCGACUUCCGCGGACUUGAGCAUCCAAGAUAUGCAAGCCCUGUCGUCGGCUGACGCUCAGGGAAUGGCAGUCGCUGACUCGUCCCAGCAGCCAUCCACGCUGGACAGGAACGUCAGCCUCGAUCAGCUGUCGUAUUACACUAUGAUGUCUUCCGCCAGCCAGGCGUCAUCACCGCUCCCCUCGCCGUCGCUUACCGCACCGGAGAGUUCCGCCGAGAAUGUAGAAGAUCAGCCCUUCAUUGUCACUCCCGAGUACGAGGCCUUCGUCGCCGCUCGCUUUGAUGAAGCGGUGCGGUCAGGCGCAAUGCAGGCGUCCAUGGCGGCCAACCUGUCUGGCACCCUCUCCGCGCCGGCCGUGCUGAUGACCGGCGACGUGAUGUCGCAGGCGCAAGAGAUGCAGCCGCCUAUGUAUGCCGGACAGCAGCUAGGAACACAAGGCGCCGGCCAGCAGACAGGCAUCCCAUAUGACUCGUUUGCUUACUCCACUGCCCCCGCUGAAAUCGGAGGGCAGUGGAACCCUGACCAUGGCUAUUUCCAGGACCCGUCGCUUUACGGAGGGCCCUCGGCAGGCGAGUGGCAGGCGCGAUAA